GCGCAAGAUCACGUGACGGGAAAGAUGUCUUCUCUAGGGGAGAAGGAGUUCUCUGCUCUGCUGCUGCUGUUGAAGGCUCCUUCCAAGGAUGUGGUUGGAGGUCUGUGCCGAGACGCUUUCCCCAAGUCUGCGGUUGGGUCUGUGCAGUUAAUUGAAAGGACUUCGUCCAGCCUGUCCGUCAGCUCUGAGGAAGCUUCCCAGGUAGUGCAGGCUGUGCAUAGCCUGGCGCGGCACGUGGUAUGUAAGGGUCUGGCUACCGCAGAGGAAAUUCUCCCCGUGUUCCCGGAAAACUUCCAUCAGAACCUGAAGAACUUACUGACCAAGCUCAUCCUAGAGAAUCUGUCGGCCUGGAGAAAUGACGUACUGAACUCUCAGAUCUCAUUACCACGUUUAGUCGACCUGGACUGGAGAGUGGACAUUAAAGCCUCCUCGGAUUCCGUCUCUAGGAUGGCCGUCCCGACAUGUUUGUUGCAGAUGAAGAUCCAAGAGAAUGCCGAGCUGUGUGGUUCAGAGCAGUCUGUUUCCACUGUCACCAUGGAGUUAAGCAAAGAAACCCUGGACACGAUGCUGGACGGUCUUGGGCGGAUACGGGACCAGCUUUCAGCAGUUGCUAACAAGUAGCCUUCAGCCUCCCCCAAAUGCACAGCAGUAGGACAAGCGGCAGAGACAUCUGCAUUACUCCUAGGCUUCCAGAGAGGCCAGACAGACACUGCUUCCCGGCAUCAGCUGAUCUAUAGAUAUAAAGGCAGGUUCUGCUAUAUAAUGUGGGUCAACAGUGUCCAGCCUAUAGCCUUCCCUAGUGGAUAUAUGCGGACUGCUGGGAAUUUGUUAAAGGGUUGGAGGACUGCAGGUACAUCCCUGAUGGUAAAUGGGGGGUUAUGUAAUAAAUGGGAACUAAGUUUCCCCAGGAGCAGUAACCCAUAGCAACCAAUCAGCAGGCAGCAUGUACCGGUCACCUGUUUAAAAGCAAACACAUUAUUGGUUGCUAUGGAUUACUGCUCCUGGGCAAACUUAGUGCCUUUUAUUAUAAAUGGGGGAUAAUGUUUUGUAUAUGUUUUACAGUACAGUUUUUUUUUUUAUUGCGCCAUAAUAUUUAACAUCGGGGCUGUCCUCAUUUUGAUAAAAGCUCCAAACUUCAUGAUAUAAUUCAUGGAUUGUGCGAUGUAGCCGCCCGUCUCUUCCCGACACAUCUCUGCCCAUGAUUUAAAUGGAGCUGCACUUAAUUAAUAAAUCGUUAUUCCGAAAA